ACAAUGAAAUCUCUAGUGGCUCUGGUACUCCUUGCCUCUCUUCUUCAACUGAACCGGAAGUCUGUGCACGCUCGGCUUUAUUGGCAGCCUCAGAGGGACGAAUCGUCCUCCCAAAGCCUGAUGCAGUCUCUACAAGGGUGGUACAGGGGGUGGAACGGCGGCGAGUCGGGAGAACUCGGCGGCGGUGACUCCGGUGAAGUGGGAGGAUUCGGUUCUGACAGAAGGGUUGUCCAGUCGUAUGUCUAUCCACGAAAGGACAGGGUUAUUGAUAGGUUUCAUCCUUCAAACAAUUAUCAGACAAUUCAGCGUCCAUUACGAACAAACUGGCGAACUACAUACACACCGCCGCGGGCGACUCCAUGGAUACCGGCACACAAACAAAACAACAACUACGAUGACGAUGGUCGUGAUGGUGCUGACGAUAAUGAUUCAACUGAAUGUGACGAUUCUGAUGUAAGCAACAACUGUAAGACUCUUCCUCGACUGAAACCUAAUAAACAAUUGUUUCAAACAACCACUAGGCCUUUACCCAACACACCACGUAAAAGAAUUAAUGUAAAAUAUUAUGCACCGACGACAGUAAAACCAUAUACCUAUAAGAUAAAAGAUGUAACGACGGCAGCAGCAAUUCCAACACCGAAGAAGACAACAACUGUAAAACCUUUUAUUACUUGGCUGAAGUAUUUAAGGUCAGAACAAAACAAGAACUACAAUGUUGAUGGUGAUGGUCGUGAUGGUCGUGAUGAUUCAACUGAAUGCGAUGAUUCUGAUGGGAGCAACAACUGUAAGACUCUUCCUCGACCGAAACCUAAUACGCAAUUGUUUCAAACAACCACUAGGCCUGUACCGUACACAUCACGUAAAGGAACAAACUGGCGAUCUACAUACACACCGCCGUGGGCGACACCAGCACACAAACAAAACAACAAUUACGAUGACGAUGGUCGUGAUGGUGCUGACGAUAAUGAUUCAACUGAAUGUGACGAUUCUGAUGAAAUCAACAACUUGGUUUCAAACAACAAUAAGGCCUGUACCCUACACACCACGUAA